AUGGCGCCUCUUCGCUUCCUAGCCCGGACAUCGCCCCGGACUGUCGCUUUCGCUCGUCCCUUUUCCACCACAUCCAUCUCGCGCUUCCCCUACAAAGACUCGCAAGAUCGCGAGUCCCUCCGCCCUCGUGCGCAGGAAGGCUCGCGCUCGACAUCAGACGAUGAUGUGGCCAACAACCCGGACGCGGCAUUCAACCCACGCAAGACCCGUCCCGAGACAGAGAUGAAGGCCGCCGAGGAGGGUCGCGGCGAUGACGCGAGCCCCCUGGAGAACAGUGGUGCGAACCAGUCCUUCAACAAGCCCAGGGGAGACGAGAAGAGCCCGCAUGACCGAGGGCUGGGCAAGGAGGUGAGGAAGGGAGCCAACAUGAAGACGUUUGAAGUUACAGAGCCCUUCAUCGACGUCCAAUGCGGUCUCUCCGAGGGACCGUACUGGGAGCGUGAAGCGAAUAUCCUCCGCUUUGUGGACAUUGUUUCGGGAGAUGUGUACCGCGUGAACCUUUCCGAGGGGCCUUCCUCGCUACGCAAGUUCAAAUACGACCAGAUUGUAACAGUCACAGCCGACAUCGAGGGACAACCCGACUCCUUCAUCUUUGGCGGAAAGACCGGUGUGGGCAUCGCGAAAAAGGACAGUAGCGAUUCCCGCAUGAUCACCGACUUUUGGAGUGAUGAGGAGAAGAUUGAUGGCAAGAAUGAGAGAAUGAGGGCCAACGAUGAGGUGAAGGCGAUGGGCGCUCUUUUCAGGGUCGACCUCGAUGGCAAACUGAACCGUAUCCCCAGUGGGCUCACCUGUCCCAACGGCAUGAGCUGGUCAAAGGAUGGCAAGCACAUGUACUUCACGGACACACCCACCAAGGCCAUCCACAAGUACGACUUUGACCAGACAUCCGGCUCACUGAGCAACAAGAGCACUCUCUACGACAUCAAACACGAGGGAGCAAUGGGCGCUGACGGGCACGCCCUAGAUAAAGAGGGCAACAUCUGGGCAGCACUGUGGGGGACUGGGAAGGUUGUGAGAAUCAACCCUCAAGGUGAGGUCACUGCGGAGGUCAAGGUGCCGGUCCGAACUCCAACAGCUGUCGCGUUUUGUGGCGAAGAUAUCUACAUCACCAGUGAGAAGGAGCCUGAGCCAGACCAGUAUCCCGAGUCUGCAAAGUGGUCUGGCAUGGUGUUCAAGUGUCACGUUGGGGUCAAGGGACGGGAGCUUCCACUGUGCAAGAUCAAAGCAUAA